UGUGGGUACUUGUAAUACGUAUGUAUACCGUUAGUCGGAAUAAAGCAUCAGCUGUGUUAACGUACUCUCGUUGUUUUAAUUAUCAAAUACCUCAUUGGCGACUUCGGAAAACAAGUUUUAAGCUAUUUAUCGCAAUAAUAGCCUGUGAGACGCGUGCGAAAUAAAUAAUACAAUGUCUAUUGGUAAAAUUCGCGAGUUCGACAUCGAAAAUGGCAGUUGGGACUUGUACUGUGAGCGACUCGAAAUGUAUUUUAACGCUAAUUCCGUGGUGAAGGAUAAGCAGUUAUCAACUUUGAUUGCAGUGGUUGGUGAUCGGUGUUAUGAGUUAAUGACAAAUCUGGCAAGUCCAAAAAAACCAUCGGAAUUGUCUUACACGGAGUUGGUAGCGUUGGUGCAAAAACAUUUAAAGCCGAAGCCGUCCAUAAUGGCCGAACGAUACCGUUUUCGGCUUAGAAGGCAAGCGGCGGGUGAGUCCAUAUCGCAAUACAUGGCGGAGCUAAAGAAGUUGGCGCGAACUUGCGAUUUUAAAGAAAAUUUAGCGGACAACCUUCGAGACCAGUUAGUAUGCGGCGUGAGUGGGGACGUUAUACGGCAACGGCUGUUUGCAGAGGAGGAUUUGACGUAUGCUAAGGCGGUGACCUUGGCAUGUUCAUUGGAGGCGGCGGAGCGUGAUGCAGCAAUUAUGACGGGCGGCGGCAGUCGAGCAGCCGGAGAGCCCGCGGGAGCGGUGCAUCGCGUGGCUAGCGGGGACGGCGCGGGGCGCGGGGCCGGGCGGCGGCCGCCGGCGCAGCGCCAGCAGCGGGAAACAGGUUUUAGUGCGCGGGAGACAGCUGGAAGUGCAGGCGGUGCGACACCUUGUACUGCUUGCGGCGCCACUAAUCAUUGUUUUUCGACGUGCAAAUUCAAAGAAUAUAUAUGUAGUAUGUGUCGCAAGACGGGGCAUUUACGUCGAAUGUGUCCCAAGAGGUCGUCUGGCAAUGAAAGAGCGACUCGAGGGCGCAAUGGCGGCCGGUCACGGACCUAUUUUGUUACCGGAGAGGAUAGCGAAUCGAAUGAAUCGGAAGAGGAGGAGGAAGCGUUAUACAGAGUUUCGUUAAGCCAAUACAAGCCGAUAUAAGGAAGUUUUCGAUGGGGGACUCGGGUGCUACAACGGUGGGACGGCCACGCUGCGCGUGCGCGAGGGUGCGGCGCCGGUGUACCGGCGCGCGCGACCGCUGCCCUUCGCGCUGCGGGGCCGCGUCGACGCCGAGCUGGACGCCAUGCUGCGGAGCGGCGUCAUCGAGCCCGUUGACUGCGCCGACUGGGCGACUCCCCUGGUUCCGGUAACUAAGAAGGAUGGAGGUUUGAGAGUGUGCGCCGACUUUAAGGUGACGCUUAAUCCGGUUCUUAAGGUAGAUAGGUAUCCGUUGCCGAAAGUUGAGGAGUUAUUUGCUAAUUUAUCGGGGGGAGAAUUGUUUACAAAAAUAGACUUGUCACAGGCGUAUAAUCAGAUUUGCUUGUCGGAGGAGUCGAAAAUGUUGACAGUUAUUAAUACUCACCGGGGGCUUUUUAAGUACAAUAGGCUUCCGUAUGGCUUAUCGUCGAGUUCCGGAAUAUUUUGUAGAAUUAGCGAGUCAAUAGUGAGGGAUAUUCCUAACGCUCAGAGUUUUUGUGACGAUAUUUUGAUAUUUGGUAAAACUCGGGAGGGUCAUUUAUCCACGCUAGAAGCUGUAUUGAAGAGAUUAAAGAAUUUAGGUUUAAAAUUAAAGAAAAGUAAGUGCACGUUUCUUGCCGAUGAGGUCUGUUAUUUAGGGUUUGUUGUUAGCAAAGACGGGAUAAAACCAGACCCAAACAAGGUCGCAGCUGUAGCAAAAAUGCCACCACCAUCGUGCGUGACCGAGGUGCGAUCGUUCUUAGGUAUGGUUAAUUUCUAUUCUAAGUUCAUUCCUAACGCGAGCGAUAUUUUGCACCCCAUGCAUAACUUACUAAAGAAAGGUGCACGGUGGAAUUGGACCACAAGUUGCGAUGAGGCCUUUAAUAAAAUCAAAUCCUUGUUGAUAGGGAGGCGGAUACUAGCGCACUUUGACCCUAACAACCACGUGACGCUAACUUGUGACGCUAGUCCACGCGGGGUCGCCGGCGUGCUCAGCCAGCCAGACGGGCAGGGGCGGGAGCGCCCGGUGGCAUACGUAUCAAGGAAACUUAAUGCAGCUGAACAAAAUUAUUCACAGAUACAUCGAGAAGCACUCGCGAUUGUUUUUUCUACUCAAAAAUUUCAUCAAUAUUUAUAUGGCAAGCGGUUCACUUUAGUAACUGAUCAUAAGCCCUUAAUAAGUAUUUUCGGUCCGCAAACUGGUGUGCCAAGCAUGACUUCGAGUCGAAUGCAGCGAUGGGCAUUGUUAUUAAUGGCUUAUGAUUUUGACAUUCAAUAUGUAAACUCAGCGGGAAAUUGCGCCGAUGCGCUGUCGCGGUUACCAAUAGGACAAAGUAAGGAAUUUGACCCUCCGGAGCAAUCUUUCUUGCAUUUUGCAUCUGAUGCGCUUUUUCUAGACUGUAACGAAAUACGUUUAAAGACGGCAAAAGAUCCAUUGCUAGGUCGAGUGGUCAAUUAUAUAAAAAAUGGUUGGCCCGACAGCGCGGAAAUUAGGGAAAUGCAACCAUAUUUUAAUAGGCAAAAAGAGUUAUAUUUAGAACUUGACUGUGUCAUGUGGGGCCAUCGUGUUGUAAUGCCGGAAGCGUGCCGCGAGAUAGUGCUGCGAGAACUGCACGAGCCUCACAUGGGCGUCGUGAAGACCAAGGCCAUGGCCAGGAGUUACGUGUGGUGGCCCGGAAUGGAUGAGGCUAUAGAAGCGCGGUGUCGCGCGUGCGACGCGUGCGCGGCGGUGGCUCCAGCGCCGCCGGCGAGCGCACCGGUGCCGUGGCAUUGGCCGUCGCGAGCUUAUGAAAGGGUCCAUAUCGAUUUCCUAGGUCCAUUAGAUGGUCGUACCUACAUGGUAUCGAUUGACGCGCGAUCAAAAUGGAUAGAAGUGUCGUGCAUGACACGGACGACCGCCGAAAGUGUAAUAAGUAAAUUAUUAGAAUCUUGGGCAAGGUGGGGAAUUCCAAAACAAAUAGUAUCCGAUAAUGGCCCGCCGUUUUCUAGUAAACAAUUUAAUGACUUUUUAGAAAAAAAUUGUGUGCGUCACAUUUAUUCGGCUCCUUAUCAUCCGGCGUCUAAUGGAGCGGCGGAGGGAGCUGUAAAAUUAAUCAAAAAUGUAAUUAAAAAGGCGAAACACGAAGGGGUUAACAUUGAUAAAGCCAUACUCAAAUUUCUAUUGCACUACCAUAAUACACCUCAUUGUACCACCGGUGAGACGCCCGCUCGGCUGUUGCAGGGCCGCGACUUACGUAUUCGAUUAGAUGCCAUUAAACCAGAUAGAUCCGCUAAAGUCAUCAACGAACAAUCUAAAAUGGUAGAACGGUCGCAUAGGCCAUCUAGGCACUUAGAAAUAGGUGAGCCCGUGCAAUACCGAACCUUCGGAACGGGUGCAAAAUGGGCGGAAGGUCACGUAGCCAAUAGGUUUGGGAAAUCUGAUUAUACGAUUGUGACAGGUGACGGAUCUACACACCAUCGGCAUAUAGAUCAAAUGAAACGCCGACACCUAAGAAACUCAAACGUUUGUCCUCCAUUCAAUGCUGAAACCGAACCAGGGUGUGUCGUGCAGAGCGGUCGGCCGACUGGUAUCGAUGACGCCAUGCCCAGCGUCGAGGUUACGGCGAACAGCCCUGGCGGUGACGCGAGACCCGCCUCGGAGCAGCCAGCACCAUCGCAGGUGCCGGCGGCGCCCGUGGACGUGUCGCCUCGCGCGGGGGACGGGGAGCCGAAGGUAGUCGAGGGGGAGGACCCUAAACGAGCGAAGCGUGUCGACCCACCGUUACCGGCAUUAGAAAAAAGAGUACCUAAAGUAGUAAAACGCUACGGAUUUGAAAUUGACUACAUCUGUUAACGUUAAAUUUAAUAUGCAUAAAAAAAUAUAUAUAGUUAUUUAGUU